UGUUCAAUGAAAGCAACUUCUGCGUUUCUUCAUCAAACAAAAAAAGUUGUUAUUUAAAAACGCCCGAUUCUCUCUUAGAUUCAGCUUCUUCAUUCAUUACUUUUUUUUUUUUCUCAAUCUCUUUGUUUUCUUACAAACCCUAAUCUCUCUUAAUCAAAUCCAAUUCUUCAAUCAAAAAACUCAUGUCGACGAUGGCGGGUAUACAAGGCCAGGUUCUCGAGGUCACUGUUGUUGGGUGCCAGAAAUUGAAAGAUACAGAAUGGUUUUCAAGGCAAGAUCCAUACGUCGUCCUUGAGUAUAGCAGCUCAAGGCACCGUACCAGAACCUGCACAGAUGGUGGAAAGAACGCUGUUUUCCAAGAGAAGUUUAUGUUCACUUUGCUUGAAGGGCUUAGGGAUCUUAAGGUUGCUGUCUGGAAUAGCAAUACCCUCUCCACUGAUGACUUCAUUGGCAAUGCAACGAUUCAAUUGCAGAAGGUUCUUUCUCAGGGAUACGAUGACUGCACCUGGACUCUGCAGACUAAAACUGGGAGAUUCGCUGGAGAAGUAAGACUCAUACUGCAUUAUGCAGGAGCAAAGAAACAUAAUUACGGGUCUGCGCCAUCAGCUCCAUAUGCGCCUCAAGUGCCUCAAUACUCAGCACCUCCUUCUGCAUCUCCGUAUUCAUCAGCACCAUACACUGGACCAUCUCUAUACCCACAAGUACAACAAUACCCUCAUCCACCAUCAGGAUACCCACCAGCUGCAGCUUAUCCUCCUCAGCCAUCUGCUUAUCCUCCUCCUCCGUCAACCUCGGCUUACCCUCCGGUUCCUUCAGCUUACCCUCCUCCUCCACCAUCCUCUACUUACCCUCCUUCUCCAUACCCUCCUCAACAAUCAUAUUACCCACAAGGUCCAUACCCAGGACAAUACCCACCUCCUCCUCCGUACUAAAAGCUCCGGCGUUUAGAAUAAAGUUGUUUAUGAAUGUAUAGAGAUAAUAGUGACGGUGUUUUCUAGAAUUUGGUGACAAAUUUAUUUCCUUUUUUAAAAAUCUUCCUUGUGCAACUUCUAGCGUGAUUUGUUAAUUUUUGUGAUGGUCAGUUAAAGAAGAAGUUUGAAUCUUUUUCAUAUUAGUCAGAUCGCAUAUUUCUCUUGUAAUUCUAUUGAGUUAUUGCUCUAAACCCCUUUGUUAAUAAAUGAAUCAUCAUUCCUCAAGAGGUUCGGCAA